AUGUCCAAUCCUCAGCCUACAAUAGAAGGCAGUGUUUCAGAAGUUGAGAUAAUUUCACAGCAAGUGGAAGAAGAGACCAAAAGCAUUGCUCCUGUACAGCUUGUUAAUUUUGCUUAUCGAGAUCUGCCUUUAGCUGCACUUGAUCUGUCUGUGGCUGGGUCCCAGCUUUUGUCAAAUUUGGAUGAAGAGUACCAAAGAGAAGGAUCUAACUGGCUAAAACCGUGCUGUGGGAGACGAGCAGCUGUGUGGCAGGUAUUUUUGCUCAGUGCAAGUCUCAACAGUUUCCUGGUAGCCUGUGUAGUAUUGGUGGUGAUUCUUCUGACUCUGGAACUCCUAAUAGAUAUAAAGCUUCUCCAGUUUUCAAGUGCUUCACAGUUUGCAGGAGUAAUUCACUGGAUCAGCCUAGUCAUCCUGUCUGUUUUCUUUUCAGAGACUAUUUUGAGGAUUGUGGUCCUUGGCAUAUGGGAUUACAUUGAAAACAAAAUAGAGGUGUUCGAUGGUGCUGUCAUAAUCUUGUCCUUGGCACCAAUGGUGGCCUCAACAGUGGCUAAUGGCCCCAGCAGCCCGUGGGAUGCUAUCAGCCUUAUUAUCACACUACGAAUAUGGAGAGUGAAGAGGAUCAUUGAUGCCUAUGUCCUUCCAGUGAAAGUGGAGAUGGAGAUGAUGAUUCAGCAAUAUGAGAAGGCAAAGGUUAUUCAAGAUGAGCAGCUGGAAAGACUAACCCAGAUCUGCCAAGAACAAGGGUUUGAAAUCAGGCAGCUGAGGGCACACCUUGCUCAGCAGGAUUUGGAUCUGGCUGCAGAGAGAGAGGCUGCACUGCAGGUCCCACAUGUGCUGAACAAACAGAGCAGCAACAGAUACAAGGUAGUGGCAACUGAAGAUUCGGAUGAUGAAGCCACCAAGAGCAUCACUGAGCUGCAGCCUUCACGAGAUUCCAGAGUGAUGAUUGUAGUUGACCAUUCUGUGUGCCGCAUGGCACUUGUCAAUUUUGAAAAAUAUCUGCAGUCGCAUAUUACGCUGGCUAGCUGGAGGACAAAGAAGGGACCAG